UUCGCAUGUGAACAUUUCAUAACCUUACAUUUUAUUUUCCAGUUUUUUAAAAAUCUCAAAUUGUUGUGUUAAUAAAUAUGAUCGCACUCGCGCCUCGACUUCGGUUUUUAUCGAAUUUUAGUAAUAAGCCGUAUAAAUUAUAUUCAAAAAGAUAUGCCUCAUAUGUAAAGUAUGCAGAACACAAACCAAUUGAGAAGAUUAGAAAUAUCGGCAUAUCGGCACACAUCGAUUCCGGUAAAACUACGUUAACCGAGCGUAUACUUUUUUAUACAGGCAGAAUUGAUGAAAUGCAUGAAGUAAAAGGUAAAGAUAAUGUGGGUGCUGUGAUGGACUCAAUGGAAUUGGAGAGACAAAGAGGCAUUACUAUACAAUCCGCCGCGACGUAUACGAUAUGGAAUGAUCAUAACAUUAACAUUAUUGAUACCCCUGGCCAUGUAGAUUUUACCGUAGAGGUUGAGAGAGCAUUGCGCGUAUUGGAUGGUGCUAUUCUGGUAUUGUGUGCUGUGGGUGGUGUUCAAAGCCAAACGCUGACUGUCACUAGGCAAAUGAAAAGGUACAACGUGCCAUUUUUAGCAUUCAUCAACAAACUCGAUCGGGCAGGCUCCAAUCCUAACAGAGUAAUUUCACAGUUAAGAUCGAAACUUCAAUACAAUGCCGCCUUCUUGCAUCUACCAAUAGGAUUAGAAGGUGAGCACAAGGGAAUUGUCGAUUUGGUCAGUCAAAAGGCGAUAUAUUUCAACGGAAACUUUGGCGAAUCUGUAUGUUACGAUGAGAUUCCAAAAGAUAUGCGAGCUGAAAGUGACGACCGCAGAAGUGAACUCAUUGAACAUUUGUCCAAUGUUGACGAUAAGUUAGCGGAGUUAUUUAUGGAAGACAAGCCUGUAAAUGAGCUCGAUUUACAUGCUGCGAUUAGACGAACAUGUCUAAAGCGUACCUUUACACCUGUUUUGUUAGGGACUGCGUUGAAAAAUAAAGGGGUGCAACCUUUAUUAGAUGCUGUACUGAGGUAUCUACCUAAUCCAGGCGAAGUGAAUAAUUUUGCUCUCUGUGAAAAGGACGGCGAAGAUACUCAGAAGAUAGUUUUAAAUCCUGCGAGGGAUGAUAGUAGCCCUUUUGUUAGUUUGGCUUUUAAAUUAGAAGCGGGACGAUAUGGACAAUUAACUUACAUGCGAUGCUAUCAAGGUUCGUUAAAAAAGGGGGAUUACAUCUUUAAUACAAGGACGUCGAGAAAAGUUCGUAUUCCACGAUUAGUUCGUUUACAUUCGAACACAAUGGAGGAUGUGAACGAAGUUUUUGCUGGAGAUAUAUUUGCGGUGUUUGGUGUUGAUUGCGCCAGUGGUGACACGUUUGUGACCGAUAAUAAGCUCAAUUUAUCCAUGGAAUCGAUAUUUGUACCAGAUCCAGUUGUGUCAAUGGCGAUCAAUCCAGUAAAUAAUAAGGAUCGAGACAAUUUUUCUAAAGCUGUCGCAAGAUUUACUAAAGAAGAUCCUACCUUCCAUUUCUUCUUUGACUCUGACAAUAAAGAGACGAUCGUGUCUGGAAUGGGCGAACUGCAUUUGGAGAUCUACGCCCAGAGAAUGGAACGCGAAUACAAUUGUCCGGUAGUUCUUGGUAAACCGCGAGUCGCGUUUCGCGAAUCUCUGCUGCAUCCUUGCGAAUUUGACUAUUUGCACAAGAAGCAAUCUGGUGGUCACGGAGAGUUUGCACGAGUUAUCGGCAUAUUGGAACCUUUGCCUCCUCAAAAAAAUACCACUUUGGAAUUUACAGACGAGACUGUGGGUACAAACGUUCCUAAACCCUUCAUACCGGGUGUCAAACGUGGUUUCUUGCUUAUGUCUGAGAAAGGAUUGCUUUCCGGUAAUAAACUUUCGGGACUUAAAUUCCGUCUUAUUGAUGGAAUGCAUCACAUUGUGGAUUCCAGUGAACACGCAUUUUGUCUUGCAGCACAAGGCGCAAUUAAAGAAGUUUUCGAACGGGGUAUAUGGCAAAUUCUUGAACCCAUUAUGGCUGUGGAAGUGACCACUCCCGAUGAAUUCCAGGGCUCAGUUAUGGCUCAGUUAAAUAAAAGACACGGUUUGGUAACAGGCACGGAUGGAACUGAAGGAUGGGUUACAGUAUAUGCGGAGGUACCAUUAAAUGAUAUGUUUGGAUAUGCAGGAGAACUUCGAUCAAGCACUCAGGGAAAGGGAGAAUUUUGUAUGGAAUAUAGCAGAUAUUCUCCUUGUCCGGCAGAAUUACAAGAGAAGCUAAUAGAGGAAUAUCAGAAAUCUCUGGGAAUUUUACCUGACAAAGCUCAAAAGAAGAAAAAGAAUUAAUGUGAUAUUAUUUUAGUUGCAAAUAACUGAUAUUUAUAAUUUUGUAUAUAAUGUAUCCUUGUCAAUCUGUGAAUAAGUGAAAUUAUAUUCAUACAAACAAG